AUGACAAAUAAUAUAGCCAAGAAGACUUUAGGCUGGUCAAUUAAAGAUUGGAUUGAAUUCCAUCAAAGUGUAACUGCAGAUGAAUCAUUCAAACAAUUGCAAUAUUUGGUUGAAUGUCAACAAAUUGCACCAACAGAUCCUGCAUGGCUUUCUCUAUGUUCAGCUGAUACCCUUAAGAAGCAGUGGCAAAUUUUACAGCAUAGGUCUGGCAAGGAAUCACUUCCAUUAUAUGGUGUUCCAGUUGCUAUAAAAGAUAACAUCGACGCAAGAGGCUUUCCUACCACCGCUGCUUGCCCUUCAUUCUUAUACGAACCAGAAAAGGAUUCAAAAGUCGUUAAAUUACUUAGAAAUGCAGGUGCCAUCAUUAUUGGGAAGACGAAUUUGGAUCAGUUUGCCACUGGCUUAGUGGGUACAAGAUCUCCUUAUGGCAAAACACCAUGUGUAUUUAGUGACAAACAUGUCUCAGGUGGAUCAUCGGCAGGUAGUGCUAGUGUCGUUGCUAGAGGUAUUGUUCCAAUUGCCCUAGGCACAGAUACCGCAGGCUCGGGAAGAGUACCAGCAGCUUUGAAUAACUUGAUUGGUUUGAAACCUACAAAGGGUACCUUUUCAUGUCAAGGUGUAGUUCCUGCUUGCAAAUCCUUAGAUUGUGUAUCUGUCUUUUCGUUAAAUCUAUCCGAUGCAGAAUGUUGUUUCAAGAUCCUUUGCGAAUCAGAUUUGGAAAAUGAUGAAUAUUCAAGAACAUAUCCACGAUCUCCAUUGAGAAAAUUUUCUGAUAGUGUCACUAUUGGUAUUCCAAAGGAUUUGUUGUGGUAUGGGGAAGAAGAAAAUCCUGUCUUGUAUGAUAAUGCCAUUAAACAACUAGAAAAGAGCGGCGCAAAUAUUACUAAAAUUGACUUUGAGCCAUUAUUGGAGCUUGCCCGCUGCUUAUAUGAGGGGCCAUGGGUAGCUGAACGUUACUCAGCAGUUAAAGAUUUUUUGCAGAAGAAUCCAUCAAGUAAAGGUUUCGACCACGUUGUCAAAUCAAUCAUUGAUAGUGCCAAGAAAUUUUCCGCAGUUGAUGCUUUCCAAUUCGAGUACAAGAGACAAGGACUUUUGCAAAAAAUAGAUAAGCUACUAGAAAAUAUAGAUGCGUUAUGUGUACCAACAUGUCCACUAAAUCCUACAUUCGAAGAUGUUUCUAAUGAGCCAAUAUUGGUCAAUUCUAGACAAGGUACAUGGACAAAUUUUGUCAAUUUGGCAGAUAUGGCUGCUCUAGCUAUCCCAUCUGGCUUUAGAUCUGAUGGUUUGCCCACUGGUAUAACGUUGAUAGGUAAAAAAUUUACUGAUUUUGCUUUGCUUGAUUUAGCUCAAAUGUAUUUCCAGAUUGCGUAUCCUAAUAAUUCUAGAACUUUCGGUAUUUUCACAGAAGGAGUUGAAAUAAAUGAUGAUAAAGUAUCAGGGCCUGUUAUUUCCAGUUCAGAUUCUAUUAAAUUAGCCGUUGUUGGUGCACAUUUGAAAGGCUUGCCUUUACAUUGGCAACUCGAAAAAGUCAAUGCUACAUUUAUAUCAUCAACUAAAACCAGUAAGAAUUAUGAGUUAUAUGCAUUACCAAGAACUGGACCAAUUUUAAAACCAGGUUUGAGAAGAGUAAACGAAGAAGGAUUUGCUAUCCAAGUGGAGACGUAUAGUAUUCCAGUUGAAAACUUUGGUACAUUUAUAUCCAUGGUUCCAGAACCAUUGGGUAUUGGAUCAGUUGAAUUAGAAAAUGGUGAAUGGGUCAAAUCAUUUAUUUGCGAAGAAUCUGGUUAUACUGCUAAAGGUUCCGUGAAUAUUACGAAAUAUGGCGGUUUUAAGACAUAUUUAAAAUUCCUUGAAACUAAUACAAAAACCAAGAAGCCAUUUACUACCGUUUUGGUUGCAAAUAGAGGUGAAAUUGCUGUUAGAAUUAUAAAGACCUUAAAAAAAAUGGAAAUACAAUCUGUAGCAAUUUUUUCCACUCCAGAUAGAUAUUCUCAACAUGUUAUUGAUGCCGAUUUAACGGUAGAUUUGAAGGGUGUUUCAGCUGCUGAUACUUACCUUAAUAUUGAAAAGAUUAUAGACGCUGCUAAGAAGACUGGCGCUCAAGCUAUUAUUCCAGGAUAUGGGUUCCUAUCUGAGAAUGCUGAUUUUUCUGAAAGAUGUGAUGCUGAAGGAAUUACUUUUGUGGGACCAUCCGGUGACGUAAUGAGAGGUCUAGGUUUAAAACAUUCCGCAAGAGAAAUUGCCAAGAAAGCAAAUGUGCCUCUAGUUCCGGGGUCAUCUUUGAUCACCACUGCACAUGAAGCUAAGGAAAUUGCUGCAAAAUUGGAAUAUCCAAUAAUGGUUAAGUCAACGGCAGGUGGAGGGGGUAUUGGUUUACAGAAAGUCGAAUCAGAAGAUGAUAUUGAACGUAUUUUUGAAACAGUUAAGCAUCAAGGAGCCGCAUAUUUUGGUGACUCAGGUGUAUUCAUGGAGAGAUUUAUUGAAAACGCAAGACAUGUCGAAGUUCAGAUAAUGGGGGAUGGUUUAGGAAAUGCUCUCGCAAUUGGGGAACGUGAUUGUUCAUUGCAACGUCGUAACCAGAAAAUCAUUGAGGAAACUCCAGCACCCAAUCUCCCUGAAACAACGAGACAAAAAUUAAGAGAAGCUGCCCAAAGGUUAGGUUCACUUUUGAAAUACAAAUGUGCAGGUACUGUUGAAUUCAUAUAUGAUGAAAUCCGCGAUGAAUUUUACUUCUUAGAGGUUAAUACAAGAUUACAAGUAGAGCAUCCAAUAACAGAAAUGGUGACAGGUAUUGAUUUGGUUGAGUGGAUGCUUGUAAUUGCGGCUGAUAUGGCUCCUGAUUUUAAUCAAUUGAAAAUAGAUGUUAACGGUGUUGCAAUGGAGGCAAGAUUAUAUGCAGAAAAUCCUGUCCAUGAUUUUAAACCAUCACCAGGUCAAUUAGUUGAGGUUGAAUUUCCAAAGUGGGCAAGAAUCGAUACAUGGGUGUCAAAAGGUACCAUAGUAACUCCAGAAUACGAUCCAACAUUGGCAAAAAUUAUUGUACACGGUAAAGAUAGACAUGACGCUUUAGAAAAGCUGAAUAAAGCACUUGUGGAAACAAAGGUCUCGGGUUGUAUUACUAACAUUGACUAUUUAAGGUCUAUCUCUUCUUCUGAAAUGUUUAGAGAUGCGAAAGUUUCAACGAACAUCCUUAAUUCUUACGAUUACAAACCAUCUGCAAUGGAGAUUAUAUUACCUGGUUCUCAUACCUCAAUUCAAGAUUAUCCAGGAAGAAAGGGCUGUUGGAGAAUUGGAGUACCACCAUCUGGCCCAAUGGAUGCGUUUUCUUUUAGGCUUGCUAAUAAAAUCGUCGGUAACAAUCAUAAAGCUCCAGCAUUUGAAAUCACUUUGAAUGGUCCAACUAUCUUAUUCCAUAUAGAUGCUAUUAUUGGUAUAACAGGUGGUGCCUGUGUUUGUCAGCUGAAUAAUACUCAAAUUGAGCAAUUUAAACCAAUUCAUGUUACUUCGGGCGAUAAACUUUCGAUUGGUAAGUUAUUAACAGGUUGUAGAGCAUAUUUGGCCAUUAGAGGGGGUGUAGAUGUUCCUGAAUAUCUGGGCUCUAAAUCUACUUUUACGUUGGGAAAUUUUGGUGGGUAUUCUGGUAGGUGUCUGAAGAUGGGCGACACUUUGUUCAUUGAUCAAAACAAAUUAAACAAAUAUGUUCUUCCUGGGCAUAAUUAUUCUGACCAACCACUUUCCUAUUCAUUACUUCCAGAUAUGCCAACCGAUAAGCAAUGGAAAAUUGGUGUCUUGUGCGGUCCCCACGGGUCUCCAGAUUUCUUCAAACCUGAAUAUGUGGAUAGCUUCUUCUCAGAAAAAUGGAAAGUACAUUAUAAUUCAAAUCGAUUUGGUGUUAGAUUAUCUGGCCCUAAACCUGUUUGGGCCAGAAAAGAUGGUGGAGAAGGUGGUUUACAUCCCUCAAAUGCCCAUGAUUAUGUCUACUCUCUAGGUGCCAUUAACUUUACUGGUGAUGAACCUGUUAUUGUCACAUGUGAUGGUCCUUCCUUGGGAGGGUUUGUUUGUCAUGCAGUUGUUGCUGAAUCUGAAUUAUGGAAGGUUGGGCAAGUAAAACCUGGUGAUUAUAUUCAAUUUGUUCCUAUAUCUUUUGAAUCUGCCAGAGAGCUGAUGAAAUCUCAAGACGUUGCUAUUAAUACAUUAGAGCCCAAAAGUUUGAAAACUCUAGAUGAUAUAAUAACGUUACCAACGCCCGAGGAUCCAGUUUUGCGAUUGCUUCCCGAAAGGCCUGGAAUUUCCCCACGAAUUACUUAUAGACAGGCUGGUGACCGUUACAUUUUGGUCGAAUAUGGUGAAAAUAUAAUGGAUUUGAAUAUUUGCUAUAGAAUUCAUUCUCUAAUUGGGUUAGUUGAUGAUUAUAAUACAGCUGGGAUUGUUGAGAUGUCACAAGGUGUAAGAUCUGUAUUAAUUGAAUUUGAUCCUUACGUUAUUUCACAAACCCAAUUAUUAACCUUAUUAUUAGCUUAUGAAGAAGAACUACCUUAUACUGAAAAUUGGACGGUUAAUUCCAAGGUUAUUAGAUUACCAAUGGCGUUUGAAGAUUCAAAAACAAUGGCUUGCGUUGCUCGUUACCAAGAGACAAUUCGUUCUUCAGCUCCUUGGUUACCAAAUAAUGCUGACUUUGUGGCAAAUAUUAAUGGUAUAACACAUAAGGAUGUUUACGAUCUUGUAUAUUCUGCACGUUUUAUGGUACUAGGUCUCGGAGAUGUUUUCUUAGGUUCUCCAUGUGCUGUUCCUUUAGAUCCAAGGCACAGAUUACUCGGCAGUAAAUAUAAUCCAUCAAGAACAUUUACAGAAAGAGGAGCGGUGGGUCUAGGGGGUAUGUUUAUGUGCAUUUAUGCGGCAUCUAGUCCUGGUGGUUACCAACUGAUGGGGAGAACUAUUCCAAUAUGGGAUAAACUAUUAUUGUUAUCAUCCUCUGAACAACCUUGGUUACUUAAUCCUUUUGAUCAAAUUGAAUUCUACCCAGUAUCUGAAAAGGAAUUAGAUAGGCUAACCGAUGAUUUCGAUUAUGGAAAGUACAUUGUCGAUUCAAGAAAAGAAAAAUUCAACCAUAUGGACUACUUGAAAUGGGUAGAUGAAAAUUCUAAAUCAAUUACGGAAUUCCAACUUUUGCAAGAAGGAGAGAAUGCAGAAAAGUUUGCCAAAUUAAUAGAGCUUUCCAAUGCUGAAUUAGAUGAAAAUGAUGAAAUCGAAAAAGAUCAAGUUAAUGAUUAUCCGGAAAAUUCUGUUAUGAUAUAUUCUGAAUAUUCUGGCCGCUUCUGGAAACCAUUAGUAACUGAAGGAGAGUUUGUUAAAUCUGGCCAAGGGUUAAUUAUUAUAGAGGCAAUGAAAACCGAAAUGUUAGUUCCCACACUUCAUGAUGGUAAGGUUUUGAAAAUUGUCCACAAAAAUGGGAGUAUGGUUGAUUCAGGUGAUCUGGUAGUUGUUAUUGAACCUAUUUUUGCCUAA